AUGAGUGAUAAACCGAAAUCCCCACGAAAACGUCGUACACGCCAUCGUUACAGGAAACACGCGAAAGGCAAAUCGACGACCCACGGCCGUACGGAAGAGAGCGAAGGACAACCGUCCGAAGGACCGCAAUCGCCUUCAGCAUCACCUGCCCGCCAGCAAUCCUUGCCGGAGCUACCGGAAGAACCACCACAGCGUAGAGUGCUACGAUCGAAGCUUGAUCCGGCGUUCGUACAGGAGGAACGGGAAGUGCGAGCGUCGCUGGACAGUCGAAGGACUCUCGGCCACGAUACACCAGGACAAACGCAAGAUGGCAACCAGCAGCCACCGUUACAUCCGGUGGACCGAGAGAUUCUCUUCUUCACCGACUCCCUGCCAGAGGAAGUGUUCUAUGACGCAGAAGAGGGGCCGCCCAACGUGUCGGCAAUCGAGCGUAAAAUGAAGAAUCCUGUCCACUCACCGAGAUCCUCAAAGUCCUCCAAUGAGCCCGAUUCUCCAACACACCUGACCUCGUCUUACUUUCAGCCCGACGAUGCCACCGUGGUGGUGGUUCCAUGGAAAACGCAAAAGCUGGACAGACCAGACGAUAGUCUGCUGUUCUAUCAACCCGAUCGCAAUUUCACCGUACCACGUGCAAUGCUGAAAGAGGUACGCGUGGAUUCGAACGUCAGCAUCAUAGACGAGGACUCACAGCAAGAGGACCAGAAACCGGAAGUCGCACCGACGGUCCGCGUACCGAAUGUAAGCGUGGCCAACAAGAACCGCUUUAUGAACCGUCUGGUGGAGGAAGAGCACGAUGAGUGGUUCGAUGCGUCCGGUGAGCUGAUCGGUUUCCGGCGCUACAUGGCCAGCGAACGUGUGCGGGGUUUCUGUAGCAAAACUUUCGACCCGUUCUUUGUGGAGCCGAUUCCACUGGCAAAAACCCUCGAGCAACUGCCCAUGGAGCGUACGGUAAAGAUUUUGAUCGGGAAAUUACGAUUCGAUGCGCAUCCUUCCUUCGAACCGGUAGUCCGGAUGCGGCUCAAGCUGGAACAACUCUACCGUCAGUAUUAUCGCACUCGACGGUUGAACCGCGUGGAACCACUGGAAGGGAAACUGCGGGAGCUACGGGCAAACGGAGAAGAUAAUGGAGGAGAAGAAGGGUUUGAUGAGUUUGGUUUCCGAAUGGCACGUCGGGAGUUGCGCAAGCUGAUCUACCAAGAGGUGCGCACGGAGCGAACACUCGCUACCCAGAUACUGGAGCUGUGGGACGAGCUAAAGGAACUGGACUGUGGUCUGAAACUAACCGUGGUCAACCGUAGUAGUAGCCAGGAAGACAUCGAUGAGUCACGUGGUGCGCUGCAGGAGCGUUACACGCUCGAACUGCGUGAAACGCUGGAAGAGGAACACGAGCUGUAUCUGCGGGACAAGCAGGAGUAUAAGGCGUACCUGCGGGAUUUGGAACUGGAGGAGGAAGGAACCGGGCCUGCAGACGAGCGACCAUCGAUAGUUAAACCGAAAAAACCCGACACAACCCGGCUAAAGCACGAGUUUCGCCAGUUGUUCGAUGAUACAUUCGGUGCUUCCGAUGAAUCGCCACCGGCGAACAUUCUGCUGCAACGUGUUCGCGAUAGGGCGCAAGGAUCCGACGGUGGUGGUGGUGAACUGACACGCCACCGUGAAACACCGGGUAAGGAUCUUCAAUUUAAAGCCAAACUGUUCAUCGACGGUAGCCACGUGGCGUCCACCAAGGCACGCCACUUUCAGGACGAUGUGCUGGUCGACUUUAACACCUCGUUCGGCAUUAAGCUCACGAGCCGGAUACCGGAAACGGUGGCGGUGCAUCUGUACGAGAAGAAUCGAUUGAAGGUGAAAACGAAACGCGCGGAACUGUUCGUUCCCGUACCGAGCCGUGGCGAGUUGUUCGACGAGAGCGAGUACGUGGACUAUCAGUUCACCUGUGGCAAACCUUACAAACCCCAAUCCUACGCUAAUGGAACCAUCGAGCUGAAGGUGGGAUGGCUCGAGCAAGCCGGUUCAUCAUUUCCCAGUCCUAGCCGGAGGCGAGUUGUGCCACGGCGUAUUAAGCUUUCCAGUGAACAGGUUCACCGGUGGUUCGAGGACCACGCGCUCACCGAUGGGGAAGAUCUUGAUCCAGCACAACUACAAGCACUGACAAUCGGUCAGAGCCAGCCAAAGGCAGCGACGGGAAGAAAAUCGUCAGACGAACGAAGGACAGCUUCAUCGCCAACCGAUCCACAAGGAACGGAACAAGACGACGAAACGCCACCGGUGUUCCGGUUUAACGAAGAUUUGCUUGCUUUCUGCUCAGAGGAAACGAUCGAGCGGAACGAACGGUUACAGAUGCUGAGCAAACGUUUCAACCGGACGCUCAAGUACCGCGAUGCAAAGUUUAUACCGCAGAGCGAACGAGAACUCGCGUUUACCGGUUAUGAUGAUCACGAGCAAGAGCAACGGAAAAUCAUCGACGAAACGCUCGGUACCGAUCCGAUCGAUCUGCAGC